CCUAUUUGAGCAAAACCCCCGAGGCCACUGAUAUUUCUCCCACAAAUCAAACCCCAUCAAUGGCGACGAGUACCGCUGAGGAGAGGGCGGCGGCGAAGGUGGAAGGGGCGGACCUUCUCGGGCAACCAACCUUCACAGAGCUCGAUAAUGGUCGCUUCCGGUGCGUCGAGACUGGCCACGAGGUCCUUGCCAAGGAUAAGGACUCUUAUUCUCGGACCAAGCGCUGCCGUCUCGGCCUCAUCGAUUUCGCUUUGUCCCAUCGGAAAGCUCCUCUCAAUAUGUUCGAGCAGGACCCUCUCUCUCGUUCGAAGCUAAAAUGCAAACUGACUGGUGAUACCAUCAACAAAACAGAGGAACAUAUAUGGAAGCACAUUAAUGGAAAACGUUUCCUCAACAAAUUAGAGCAAAAGGAGUUAGAGAAAGUCUCGAUGGCUAAAUCAGGAGAGCAGCAAGGCAAGAAGAAGGCUGCCAAGGCUUUUAAGCCAAGUAAAGAAAAUUCAAAGAAGAAGAAGAAGGAACAGGAGGAGACUAUUUCCGAAGCCCAGAAAUGCAAUGGGGAGAGCGACCCAGAGGAUGCCUUCUGGAUGCCUCCAAUAGGGCAGCGCUGGGAUAAUGAUGAUGGAGGAGACCGAUGGGGUUCAGGAUCAGAUUCAGAGCAUGAAGGUGAUAAAAUCAUUGCAAUGGAUGACGAGGAUAUAGAUAAACACGGUGAAAACAAGUCAGAUGAAGAUAAACAUGGUGAAAACGAGUCAGAUGAAUUGUCUAAGCGGACCAAAAGAAUGUCCAUAGAGAUUGGACCCAGCAGUUUUGCUUCAAGAAAGAAAAAGAGUAAGAAAAGCUCUACGUGAACAAUAUUUCUUCAAGCAUCCCCAAUAAUCCAACUAUAUCCAGGUUGCUUAGGCAUGCACGAAUGCCUCUGCUCGCCAUAUCUCGUAUGCUGCAUCUUUCAUUGGCGCCGAAUUUUCCAGCUUUAGCUUCUGCUUAUUUAACCACCUUGUGUUUUAUCUUCUUCCUUAAAGUUUGUGCUCUUCUUAGCUUUAGCCUGAUUUGCUUGAUACCUUUCUAUAUAGCCAAUUGAAUCUUUAUUGAGCAGGCUUCUGUUUUGUCCUCUUGGUCCUCCUUUUGUAUCUUAGAUAUAUAGAUUGGUACAUAAUAUUCCUCACU